CGCCCGUAGCCGCGCCCCCAUACCUGGUUCCUGCCCCAGCUUUGUCCUCCGGGCGGGAUCCAGGCCUCAGGCCCAGCGCGAAGCCCACGCCCGAGGGAAGCCCAGUUCCGCCGUCUGAGGUGGAAGCCCCGCCCCCCGGUUCCCGGCAGGAAGCGGAAGUGGUGUCACACGUUCGCCGGAGUUUCUUCGCCUGCUGCUUCGCGCAGCAUUGAGCACGUUGGUCUGCUGGUGGUUGGACGUGGGCCUGCCGUAGUGGGGGAAGGCGUGAAGGGAGGCAGGACGUGGGAGUCCAAGGCCGGUUUUAGUCGGGGUCGGCGAUGGUCCUGCUUAACGGCCGGGCCGCGCGGCUCGCAUCCGCCUAGACCGCCCGACAGGCCGCUGAGGCCGGCGGUUCUGGCGCGGAGCCGCUGUGGUCCUGCUGGGAGGGCGCGUGCGCGGGGUGUUCGUGGCCACUGUGCUCGCCUGUCCUGCAGUGUGCAAGCGGCCUUUGUGACUUUUGUCCCAAAGGAAAAGAGUUUCUGCUGCUGGGAGUGGCCCAGACUCCGCCCCGUUACUCGCAGCCUCAGGGACCCGGCCGUAGGUAGACUUCACCGUCACUCUCCCAGGAUGGCAACCAUUGACUUGACCCAUGAUCUUCUUUCUAGGAAUCCUUUCUCCCAUCCUGAGGAAAACACAGAGGUAGAAGGGAUGGUGGCUGUCAGGCCGAAAAAUUAUAAUCAGAUUGCAGUGACCUUUGACGACGUGGCAUUGGACUUCACCCAGGAGGAGUGGAUAUUACUGGACCUCUCUCAGAGACACCUAUACAGAAAUGUGAUGCUGGAGAACUACCAGAACCUGGUCACAGUAGGAUAUCAACAGUCAAAACCCAGCCUAGUAGCUAGGUUGGAACAAGAAGAGUUGAGGACAGUGGAGAAAGGAGUUUUCCCAGAAUGGCAAACUCAACAUCAAAGCAAAGAGUCACCAUCUCUCCAGGAUUUGGGGGAAGGAAAAACAGCCAGAGAAAUUCAAAAAGAAAGGACCCACCAGGGAGCAGAGCUCUCUGAGUAUGAGCAAAGUGGGAAAAUCUUAAGCCAACACUUACUCCUUAAGACACACAUGAGAACGGAAAAUAGAGAGAACACUUUUGAGCAUACUCAGUAUGCCAACAGCUUCCGUCCUCUGCAAAAGGAAAGCUCUACGAGAGAGAAGCUUUCUGAGUUGAGUCAGGGUGGUAAAGUCUUCCACCUGACUCCACACGGCAUGUAUGAGAGAACCAGUCUGGCAGAGAAGCCUUCAGAAAAUAGUGGCUGUGGGAUGACGUUCAUUAGUCAUUCCCACUUUCAGACACAGGGGAGAAGUCAUGGUGGAGGAGACCUCUAUGAAUGGAUGAUUCCAUUUCCAGGGAUCUCAGUUCCCUCAGCAGGUCACCCUGUGUAUAUGCAAAUGCACACGGUUAGAGACCCCUAUGAAUGUAGGGAGUGUGGGAAGUGUUACGCAAAUGUGAAACGUCUCAAUAAACACAUCAGUCGAUUUCACGCUGGAAUAAAACCAUUUGUGUGUAGCGAAUGUGGAAAAUCUUUCUACACUUCCUCACACCUUUAUAUACAUUUUAUGAUUCACACUGGAGAGAAGCCCUAUGAAUGUAAAGAAUGCGGGAAACACUUCCAGUGGCCCUCAAUGCUUCGUAAUCAUGUUCAAACUCAUACUGGUGAGAAGCCUUAUAAAUGUCUGAUAUGUGGGAAAGCCCUCAGUAGUUCCUCAUAUCUUAAUCAUCAUUUGAGAAUUCAUACUGGAGAGAAGCCCUUUGAAUGUCAGGAAUGUGGGAAAUGCUUUGCUUGGAUCUCAAGCUUUCGUAGACAUGUUCAAACUCACAGUGGUGAGAAGCCCUAUAAAUGUAAGGAAUGCGGGAAAGCCCUCAGUAGUUCCUCAAUUCUUAAAACACAUUUGAGAAUUCACACUGGAGAGAGGCCAUAUAAAUGCAAGGAAUGUGGGAAAGCCUUCAUUAAGUCCUCACGACUUAAUGAACAUUUGAGAAUCCACACUGGAGAGAAACCCUAUGAAUGCAAAGAAUGUGGGAAAUCCUUCCAUCUUUCUUCAAGGUUAGUUGGACAUUUAACAGUUCACACUGGAGCGAAACCCUAUCAAUGUAAGGAAUGUGGAAAAGCUUUUGCUUGGCCCUCAUUCCUUAAAAAACAUUUACGAACUCACAAUGGAUAGAAGACCUAGGAAGUGGUGAACGUGGGAAAUUCCAUUUGAGAACUUACACUAGAGCGAAGCCCUGUGAGUGUAUGGAAUGUGGGAAAGCCUACACCACUUCCACAUCUGUAAA